AUGGUCGCAUCUGUCAAAGCCCUGAAAGACAAUGGUAUGGUCUCGAAAGCUCGCCGCCAAUCACAAGUCGAGGCUCAAGGUACUGAUACAGGGACAUCAGGCGUGGGCUCUGCUGAUGAGCGAAUAAGGGGUGAUCUGCGCCGCGAACUUGCAAAGCUCAAGGAGGAUUACAGCAAGCUCAAAACAGACAGCGAAAAGGAAAUCGAGGAUCUGAAAAAGCAGGUAUCGGAGAAGGACAAGAUGAUCAAGAAGUUUGAAAUGUUUAUCGACCUAUGCAAUCAGCGUGUCAUGGUCCAGCGGGAGCUUCUAAACGAUGGCAAUGAAGGUGGAAGCGCUGCCGUCAACAGUUCUGUUUGACAUGUUUUUUCAUGAUGACUCCCUGAAUAUUUGUGUUUUAUAGCUUUGUUUUCACUUUUAUCUCCUGUCGAUUGGGCAGUUAUGAAGCUAGGCGUCGGUGGAAUUUCAUCUUGUUGUGACUUCAGGGUAGCAAUAGUAGGUCGAGGUUGAUCCGGUAUACCUUAUCUACUAAGAUGUCGGAUGAGUUGUCCGUCAAACAUGGG